CUUGCAAUUUGUGCAGAAUUUUACAAUUUUUAAAUCAAAAAAGAAGAAGAAUUCUUCAAAAUAAGAUUUUUAAGAACACAAAAACACUUAUUGCUUAAAAAACUUUCGUUUUUGUAGAAAGCACUUGAGUUAUUGGCACUAAAAAUAAAUAGUAAUGAGAUACUAGAUUUGCAGAAUCAAAAAUAAAUUGAAUAAUGGCACAGCAGUCACAGUUUUCCUUGGCUUGGGAUGAAUACAGAAGAAAUAUUUGUAAUGGUUUGAGCUCUCUACAACAGAAUGGGGAGUUUGUUGAUAUGACAUUGGCUGCAGAUGGUCACUUCGUCAAGGUGCACCAGGUUAUUGUGGCACUGGCGAGUCCUUACCUCAAAGAGCUUAUUGCGUCCAUACAGUGUCCUCAUCCUGUGGUAUUUUUGAACGUAAAUUUCUUAUUUUUAUCCUUCGGUUUAUGUCAAUUUGUCUUAGGUUUAUAUGCAUUUGUAGAGAAAAUGCUAAUUUCUGUAAAUUGUUUAUUACAGAAAAUAUCCUACACAACUUUGUGCUCAGUGCUGGAAUACAUUUACACAGGUGAAGUCCUGGUUUCCGUUGAUCACCUCAAUGAGCUCAUAGACGCUGGCAGAGAACUUCACAUCAGGGGCUUGGAGGACAUGAAACUACAGCAACAGCUGCCAAAAUCACAAGAACUGUAUGCAAACUCUCAAACAAGCAACAAUGUGGGGGAAUAUGACGAAGAAGUGUGUUAUUUUGAAAUAUCCAACCAGAGGAGUGAAGAUGACCAAUCACAGCUAGAGUUACAAACUUCAAUGUAUCCCGAGGUGUACGACUCAGACAUGAAGCCUGAAAUAACUGAGAAGUACGACAAUAGCAUGCUACACAACUUUGAGCAGGAGUUCGUGGACGACGGUGUGGCUGAGGAGAUUACCCCUGACAGCCCCAUGACCCCCAGCAGUGAGAUAUCACAGAAAAACCCAGGUGUGAGCAUAAUGCAGUACACAGUAUCGAACCAGGGCUCGCUGCAGAUGAUCUUAAACCGUUUCGUGUACUACCUGAAGCACAGCAACGCAAGUGGCACGCGGCAGUGGCGCUGCGUGGACUAUGUUAGCGCCGUCAAGUGUCCUGCGCAUAUCGUCACGAAAGCUGAUAUGGUGCUACAAAGAAUCCAUGCGCAUACGCACCCAUUUCACGAUAAGAGGAUUUUGAAAAAAGUCAGAGCCGGCUCCAUUUUCUCCGCUAUCCAAGAAGCAGAAAACCAAGGAAAAGCUUUUAAAAGAAAACGAAUGAACUCGCCUGCUGAAUCUAGUAUAAAUAGUGCCGAUAUAAAUCCUGCGGAUAUAGAAUAAAUCAAAUUUUAGCCAU